GCAGGACAGUACUUGGAGCACCUCCCUCGUUGCCUUCCAUGGAUGGCGCCAUUGCCGUCCUCGUGCCCCUCCACUCGAGCCGGGCGUUUCCCGCGCGACCGGGGGAGAGGACACGGCGGCGAUGCGCUGUCCGGGCGAUGGCAGGCGCCAUCACCGGUCUCCAUGCUCUCUCUACGCGGCAGGGCCUCCGGGGGCGGCCACGGCCCAGGCGCCGGCAGCGGGCGCCGCGGCGCGACGUGAGGCGCGACGUGCCGGAGCUGCCACCGGUGGACGAGAGCAUUUGGAAGCCAAUGCCAGUGAGUGAGGAGGAGUUGAAGGCAGCCAUGGUGGUCGACGAGCACUCUUCGGUGGCCUCCGUGGCCGACGCCGUGUGGGCCGGCGGCGCGGCCCUUUUCGUGCACCGCUGGGCGCAGCUGGCGGCGGUGCGGAAGGCCUUGAACGCUGCCGCCGACGCAGAGGAGGCGCGCGCCGAGCACCCCGCGGGCACCGAACCCGUGGAGCGCUUCCGCGUGCGGCGGAAGCGGCUCCGGGCCUGCGCGAGGCGACUCUACGUGCGGGUGGCGUCGAACGGAAGGCUGGGCGUGGACGGUGGACCUCGGUUGGGCUAUGUCCCUGUGCUCUACGCGAAUCAUCCGUUCGACCUCGCUUUCCGGGCGAACGAUGUGGCGGCGCUGAAUGUGGCGUGGCAAUUCUUCGUGAAUGGCCUGGACUACAGCUUUCUGUCUCGGCCGCUGCACCCCUUCUUCGGGGUCUACUUCACUCUAUCUCCCACGGAUCACUUCCGCUUGGUAGACGACUGGCUAAAGUGCUGGACGCCUCCCAGCCACAGAAGCCGUGUGCUGGACCUGGGGACCGGUUGUGGCGCCCUUUGGAUCCGCCAGCACUUCAGCCGUGAAGAGGUCUCCAUCGUGGCCUCGGAUCGCUGUCCCAACGCUUGCUUCUCCGUGUCCGCUGAGCUGUGGCGUCAGGCGCGGAGCGAUGAGAGCUCCGGCGACCUUGGAAUCCAGGUGAAGCACAGUGAGCUCUUUGAGGAGCUUGAAGAGGAGGGUCCCUUUGACCUCAUCAUCUUCAACCCUCCUUGGGUCCCUCGUGCACUUGACCACGAUGCUGCAGAGAACGACGUGGUCUUCGGCAACGACUACCCGCCCAAGCUCUUCGAGAAGCUCUUCGAGGAAGUCCCCAAGGUGCUUCAGCCUUCAGGGCACUUGCUGGUGCUCUUCUCCAACUACGCGCUCUGUCGGAAGCUCGUGGAGGUCUCGCCGAUGGAGCUGGGCACCCGACGAACACUCGACCUCCAAGGAGUUCAGCGGCGCCCGGUGGAGGAGCAGAAGCGAAGCCGUUUUCGACAGACACGGCGAGACAAAGCGUGGACCGCGGGCGUUCCACACGAAGUGGAAUUGUGGGACUUCAUGGCCAAAAGCGCAGAGAAAAGUCCCUACUUUUCGCGCCGCGUGGUGGAGGCUGGGGAGCUGUGCUGUAAACAUUGGUUGGCCGUGCAAGUGGCACGGCGCUGCGGGAUGGGUGUCAAGUCCACCACAUCCAUGGCCGAGGAUGAGUUUGUUGAGUGGAGCCAGAAGCGUUUGCUCGGAGUGCUGGCAUCUACCAAUGAUGCUUCCAGGGAAGCUUGGCCUCUUCCCGAUUGA